AUGGCUGGCACGAUAACGAUCAAACUUGUAUUCAGCGGUGGACUCGAGUUACUAUUUGGCAACGAGCGGAAUCAAUCAGUCCUCAUUCCUCCACUUGUGCCAUCUGAUAAUUCCACGCACUCUUCUCCACUGAAGGCAGCAGACCUGGAGUACUUGAUUUAUCACCUUCGUGAUCAUUUACUCAAAGAGCGCCCGGAAUUGUUCAUGGAGAACGGGACGAUCCGCCCAGGGAUCCUUGUGCUGAUUAACAAUACGGACUGGGAGCUUGAAGGGGAAGGUUCCUACCAACUUUGCAAUAACGAUGAGAUCGUUUUCAUCUCAACGCUACAUGGUGGAUAA